AUGGCAGCAAAUGUGGAAAUCGUCAGUGAGAGUCUUCAAUACUUUGAUUAUUGUCUUUCCUGCAUGUUCUGCGAAUUCUUGCCCAAAAUCAAUAAGAAAUACCUGUGGAGACUCACAGAUCUCUUCAGAUUGUGCAUCUAUCCACUGCUUUUGGCCAACUGUGGUUGGUGUGUGAUUCAAGAACUCGUAAACGUGGAAAUGGCUGCGAAUCAAACGAAGUUGACCUAUUUAAUGAUGUUCUUAGGAGCGGUUUAUCAGAGUCUCUGGAAGUAUUUUGUAAUUCUCUCAUACAAAAAGGAGCUGGCCAAAAUCAAAGGUUUCAUGAAAAAAUUGGAGAAAUCUAUCAAAGAGAAAGACAUGAUGUCUGGCGUCAGGAAGUUUCAUUUGCCGGAAACACUGAGUAUUACUAUGACAUUUGUCAGAAUCUACUUUGGAAUCACUGUGAUUGCAUCGAUCUGCACGUGUUUGACUAAUUACUACAUGACCAACACCUUUCUGAUGUACUCGACGCCCUUUCUUUAUCAUUGGCUGGACAUUUUCAUUCAGUCUGCGACAUUUGCUACGUUCAUCAUCGUUGUCCUUGGAUCAGACUGUGUCCUUGUCAUCAUAGUGAGUUUUCUCGUGGGCGAACUGAAAAUCACCAAGGAUAUGGCGUCCAGAAUAUCAGAAGUGACGAUAUUGAAGAGCAUGUAUGAAAUGCACUUGACAAUCCAUGAGAUUCUGGACGUCCUGAGGAGGAUUUUUUGGCAACUCAGUCUUCAUAUGAUUUGCUCAAAUUUUGUGAUGCUUUGCUCGAAUUUCUACUCAAUGCGUUACUUGUCCAUCUCAAUUGCAACUGUAAUAGGAUUGCUUUCUAUCACUUUUCAACUGAUUAUUGUCUGCUCUAUUGGCCAAAUACUGCUGGAUAAAACUCAGGAAGUGGCAGAUGCGCUUCAGCAGACGCCGUGGUAUGAACUAAGUGUGCAGGAACAGAAGACUUUCCUCGUGAUCCUGCAAAUGGCGCAGAUCCCCAAAGGAAUCGACGCAGGCGGAGUUACUGUCAUAUCUGCAAAUACUCUUGUUCAGGUCCUGAAGACUUCGAUGUCUUUCGUGGCCUUCAUCUACACAGUGAUCAACUGA